CUAAUUUUUAAACCCCACUUUGACGGAGGGGCGCUGCAGCCAGUGAGAGCGGCUUUCGAUACAUUAGAGGCUAAUCAGAUCAGCCGGGGGGCGGGACUAACCCAAUCCUCAGGACGAGAGAAGGUAACUGUUACCAAAAGAGUGUCAGAUGGAGCCAGCUACCAGCUCGUGCGCAGAGCGUUUACACUGAAAUCACUUCAAAAGCAGGCAGGUGGUUUCAUGAAGGUUGAAGACGAAAACAAGGACAGUGUUUUUAUUUCAUCCAAGGAUAUGUUCUCGUCACCCAGACAAAGGAACUAAUAGAGUCGGAGCUCCUUUUUUUUUUUUUUUUUUUUGCUAUUCUUCAUCACGAGCACAUGUUAUGGAAGGAGGGGCCUUAAACUAAAGAAGACCAACACAGGCAACCUGAAAUAACCCGAACCUCGAGUUUUCUCUUUGGAAUGAAUCCUCUCUCCUUAACUGGGUGAAAUGCCUUGACCUAACACCCACCAUACCAUGGCAGGUUUAGUCUCCUCUGUGGGUUUAAUGGUGAUGUUCAAGGCUCUUAUGCAUGCCCAUGGCCAGCAUGCAGUGUUCCUGGGGAUGACGGUGUUGGUAACGGUGAUAGCAGCGGACUCACCUGUUGCAGGUGAGGCUGUCUCGGACUUCACACAUCACCCCAUGGGAUUUCUUGGAGGUGUUCCAAGUUCAACAGGGUCAUCCCCAUCAGCCUUACCCGCCUCACAUAAUACUGCCUUUGAGAGCCCAGACUCACCUGGUGCCCUGCCAUCCAUUUCUGAUCCAAACCAUGAAGUCAGUACUGCCGAUAUCACACAUCUUCAGUGGGGACAUGUUGCGUCUGAAAAAUCCAAAUCCUUCACAGCUAGUGACCUCCUUGCAGAAGAAGAACCGCAUUCUCUUUCCACUCCAUCAUUAAGCCCCUCUGAACCUGUGUUGGAGUCGAGUCCACAAUUUGAAGCACCAGCUAAACUCUCCACAGCCAAGCAAUCUCCCUCUUCAAUGCCUUCAAGAUCCACACUGCAGCCUCAAUCAAAUUCAUCCAUAACAUCAUUAAGCCCCUCUGCAUUAACAAGGUCAACAACACCUCAGCUAGGUCUCAAUUCUGAGCAGAAAGCAACUUUCGACAAGCAGAAGGAUGGUGCCUCAGAGCAAGCAUUGGCAAUCAUGACCUCACUUCCUGGUCAGUCUCUUGAGCCUCAUAAACUGGCUUUUGCUGACUCUCCAGCAGAUGAAUCGUACAGUGAUAUCCUGGAUGUGAACCAGCUGCGCCCCAGCAGUGCCCCCUUAGUGGAUAACAAACCAGCGCAUGACAUAAACAUGCUAUACAACCCAGAUGAGGUUCUGGCCCCUGGCUACAAUGUGCCUUUCAUCGUCCCACACCCUACUUCACCCUCAUCUGAACCCACUGAAGUCUCUCCAGGCGACUUUUAUCCCACCAACACCAUGGAGUUUGAUUGGGGGUCUGGGGAUUACUUGGAGACAAUGUCAUUCUUAAAUUCUGAUGGAGACGACUACUCUUUUGUCACCAAGGUGCCCUCUGACUCGUAUGAUCUGGAGGACUAUACAGAAAGCUAUGACACAUCCUUUCCUUCUAGAGUGGGUAUAUACCCUUCAUCCUUGCGUCCUCUUCAUGUCUCACCUUCUCUCAGCCUCAUGACAGCAUACAGCACCAUUGAUCCACUAAAAACCACAUAUCACUCCUCUCUUUCCUCUACAGCUCACUAUACACUGGAACCUACUCCCUCAGAUAACAGUGAUAUACCCGACGCAUCAGACAUAGAUUGGCCUGAUCCUUUCACAAUUCACCCGACAGAUGUUCUUUUACCUGACAUGAACAGCUUGGAGUAUUACACUACCCAGUUAUCCAAGGAGAACAACAGUUCUGACACUGGAGCUGAACAUAGAGGGAAUGUGACUGUGGUGUCCAUCAGUACUACAGACAUCACACCCAACACCAGCGUAGCUAAUGAUACCAAACUGACUGAAGAUGAGUUCUCUGGUGAUCUUUCAGGGUUUGAGCCUCACGACGAAUCAACCCCAAUAGUAACGACAGAGGAGAGUCCUCAGCUGGUGAACGGCUCUGAGCCUUUUCUGGAUCCUUCCAUAGUCCCAACCCACUUCUUUGAUCCCUCUUCUCCCACCUUGGGUGGUCAGGUUCCCAUCACAGAUUGGUCUUCAUCCACAUUUACUGUUGGCCUUGGCAGCACUGCAUUAAUAGAGGCCACACCUCUGCUGCCAGAUGAUGUAAUGUCUCUCUCCUCUCUGACAGAUGUCCAUUGGUUUUUAACAGAGUCAUUCCAACAAAGUACCAUACACAUUACUCCUGUCUUAACUGCAACCAUAGCCUUCUCCCCUGUUCCCACUGAACCUGCUGCCAAUGCCACUGCUGGUGAAAAAGAGUUAACUUUCCAGGACUCUACUUUUACAACGGAACAAACUCUUGAUAUCACUUUUAUUUCAACUGAACCCAUGUCCAAUGUUACUUUGGUACCCCCGGAUGUGUUGGGUGAUCAGGCAGUGACUGAAGAUGGAGUUGACAUCCCAGCCACAAUGACCUUGAUCCCAACUAACAGUGGACCUAAUACAGUGUCUGCUGUACCCACAACUACAACUGCCACCACUACUUCUCAUCAAGCCACAGCUAGAACUACUGCCACCACCGAAGCUUCAACUAGUGUCAGCAUCAUUUCUACCACCAGUGAAAAGAGCAUGACUACAGUGACAACAUCAAGGCCGUACCUCUGCAGCUAUGACAGGCCUGCUUAUUUAGUUAAAAUUGGUUUUCCUUCUGGGGCCACUGUUGGAUAUGCCAAAUCUCAAGUGAGAGACAUACUGAAAGCAGAAUUCAACAAGUCAGUGGAGCUGCAGGUUGUGGAUCCUCCACCAAGGUUUGUGUUUCGGGUCGUGUCCGGUCCAGUCGUAUACACAGCCAUAUCUGUUAUCAAUGCUCUGCGAAGGUCUGGGCGCCGCUUCCUGUCUGUGUCUCCAAGCUGGACAAUACCAGACAGAAAAUAUCAAAUCCACACAGUGCUGCAGUUUGUUCCCAAUCACAUUGAUGUGCGUUUCUGCAACUUCAGUGAGAGCAUUCAGAAAGGUUUGACCAUGGCCUUUGCCGAAGUGCGUCGGCGCUCAAAGGAAUCAACCAACUUCACAGUGCAUAUUAUAAACAUCACCAUGGCUGCUCCUAAAUAUCAGGAGCAACGACUAGUGAGGCAGCCAGUGGACAUCACCUUCACUGUACGUGGUUCAAGAGGUUACGUGAUGGGGUCAGAGGUCAGUAAUGCUCUGAUGAAGCUCACAAUGGUGGAAUUCAGCUAUUACAUGGGCUUUCCUGUGCUGCAGAUUGCUGAGCCCUUCCAUUAUCCAGCUCUAAACACCAGCCAGGUGCUUCGGUCCUCGUGGGUUAGAACAGUGCUCCUGGGUGUGCUGGACCAAAAAGUGAGUGAGAGGACCUUCCAAGCCAACAUGGAGCGCCGGGUGGCAAUGUUACUCGGGGAAGCUAUGGGAUCAGUCAGACGUGUCAAGAGAGCCACCACCAUAGGCAACAGUAGUGUUCAGGUUGUAAGUGCGAGCCGAUUGGUGGGUACAGACCAUCCCUUGGAGAUAGUGUAUUUCGUGGAGGGUCCCGGUGGUCAGAGGAUGCCUGCAGUUCAAGCAGCCAACCUCCUCAACAGCAUGGAUGUUCAAAGGGCUGCCAUCGUCUUGGGAUAUCGUGUUCAAGGCAUUUUGGCACAGCCUGUAGAGAAGGUGACAUCCUCACCCUCUGAUGGUGAGAACACCAACCUGUGGAUCGUCAUCGGGGUAGUGAUCCCCCUCGUUGUGGUCAUCGUCAUCAUUUCUAUCCUUUACUGGAAACUGUGUCGGACAGACAAGCUGGAGUUCCAGCCAGAUGCCAUGACCUCCAUUCAGCAGAGACAAAAGUCCACUACCUCAUUCAGAGAAUCAACGACCUCCCUUCUCCAGACUCUCCCUCCAACUAGAAAGGAUAUAGAAUUUAGUGAUGGGGAGUAUGAGGAAGAAGAAGAGGAGUAUGAGGAAGAGGAAGAGGAGGAGGAGGACAAAGAGGAGGAGGAGGAGGAGAAGGAGGUUAAAAAGGGGAAGAGUCCAGUAGCUCUCUCCAAGAGCAAAGAGAGUAAGAGCAGUGAGGAGGAAGAAGAGGAGGAGGACGAAGAGGAGGAGGAGGAAGAAGAGGAAGAGGAAGAAGAGGAAGAAGAAGAAGAAGAAGAUGAGGACAAAGAUAAGGCAAAGGAGAGCUUCAGAAACAAACCAGAAGAGCAAAGAAGACAAGGGAGCAAAUCAGUGAUAAUGAAAACAGGGGAGAUGAAGAAAGAAGAGAGAACUAAAGUGAUAACUAAAGGGAGGAGAGCCAAGGAGGAGUUGCAGGCUCCCAGUGUGAAAGGUUUUGACUUUGCCAAGCUGCACCUUGGCCAGCAGGGUAAGGAUGACGUAAUGGUGAUUCAGGAACCCGUCCCGCCAGGGCCUGGCCCUGGACCCCUGCCCAUGUCUAUUAAAGAUGGCUUCAGUCCAUCUGAGAACGGGGAGAUUCCAACUCCAAUAUCCAAAAACUCCUCCACUAAGGCGUCCCGCAGCGGUCGAAGACGAGACAGGAUCUCGCCGUCUGACGGUGACUCGGUGGUAAGUGACCAUUCCAGCGAGCGGGAAUCAACUGAGGAGAACCUGAGAGCCCACGCCACGCCCAGCGACAGCAAGCAGACCCGCAAAGUCCCCAUCAAUGUUUUAAAUGGGAAGAAUAGAAUUGGUCCUCCUCCUUUGAAUGGUACAAAUGAGCAGUUGUCUUCAGCCGCCAUCUUUGAACAUGUUGACCGGAUGUCUCGUGCCGCAGAUGCGAGCAGGAGACUCCCUAACAAAGUCCAGCUCAUUGCCAUGCAACCCAUGCCUGUCCCACCGCUGCACAGCCCUCCAAUCAAUGGCAAACUGUCUGACACCAACCAAAUCAACAAAGAGAUACAGGUAGCUUUGAGGCACAAGUCAGAGAUCGAGCACCAUCGUAACAAGAUACGUCUGCGUGCCAAGAGGAAAGGCCACUAUGACUUCCCUGCCAUGGAUGACAUGACUACCAGCCAUGGAGAUGCGAAGGAGCAGGAUCGCAUCUAUCAAAAAGCACAGACUCAGAUUGAUAAGAUCCUGGAUCCAGAUGCCCAGAUGUCCUCCAUCUUGAUGGGAUCCAAGAAAAGUUGUCGAGGGAGGCGCUCUCCCAAACAGAGGAUGAAGGACCAGCUAAAUGGAGGCAUGAUGGAAGCAGACAAAGACCACCUCAUCACUGAAGACGGUGAUGCUGCUUACAGAAAAUGUCCUGGGGUCAACAAUGUGGCCUAUGUGUCGGACCCUGACCAAGGCCCAGGAUCCCCUCACAGGAGCCCUUCCCCCACUGAUGACGUCUUCCUAGGUCCAGCUUCCUCUCCUCCUGGCCAUGCCCCUCCCCCACCCCCCUACAUGCCCCCACAGCCCUCUAUCGAGGAGGCGCGGCAGCAAAUGCACUCCCUGCUGGACGAUGCCUUCGCCCUAGUGUCGCCCACCUCUCAGGGCAGCACAGCAGGGAUCACUCUCCCAGGGGUCAACUCUAACCCUCCUGCCUCCAGCCCUCCGGGACGGGGGCCCAGACCAUGGGGUCCAACAUUCCCAGCUCUUAGCCCUUUCCCAAGUAGGUUUACUGAGCUGGCCAUGUCCCCCCCUUCUGUCCAAGGCCUGAUACCAAGGCCGGGCCUUGGCUCGAGCUACCUGCCACCAGGAGAAACAGCGGGGCAAUGUGAGCAGCUCCAGCCAGACAGCCUGUACUCCAGCAGGGGCCUGUACGCUGAUGAGCUCCCCUCAUCGGCCAGACCGCGACCAGUGGGGGGAACUACAGGCGCCCAGCUUCAUCAUCUUACACAGGUGGGAUUGUCCAGUCGGAUGAAUGGUUACCCAGCAGGGGUCAGAGCCGCUCCAGGCCACAAUGGAGGCAUUGGCUGGAACCACUACCAUGACGACAAUUUCUCCAGGACAGAGCCUGAAAAGGAUGCAUUCCUGGACUGUCCUGACUACUCGUCCUCCUCUAUCUUCCAGACGCCCAGAAGUGGUAUCAGGGAGCCCUCAGCACCCCCUGUCCACCUGGACACCUCGGGGAUGGGCUAUCUGUCAGCCCCGCCGCCCCUGGAUACUUCUCCUCCUACCCACUCAUCCGCCUCCCUGAUCAAGGCCAUCAGGGAGGAGCUGUUGCGUCUCUCCCAGAAACAGGUGGCUGUGCCAAGCUACCACAGCUGAAGCCCCGACCUCCGGUCUGUAGCUCUCACCAGUCAUGCCACUGACCCUGCCUGCCUGCUUCGCCUAAUCUGACAAUACUUCCCAUGGAAGUCCCUGACAGAGAGAGAGUCCUGCUAAAAUGAAAUGAUGAGGUGGCUGAUAGAGAUUUUUGAAGAAGAAAAACUGAUGAUGCACUUCCGACUACAGUAUCAGAUCAGCUGCAGUUUGUCAAGUAAGAGACAGUAUAAUGAAGUGUAGAACAAUAUGAACAGUAUAUGCUGGAUCUUUUGAAAUGAGAUGACAUGACAUGUCUGGACUGUCCAUGUGUCUGUCCUGCACUUCAUGGUGGAUCAGGGAAAGAACACCCCGAGUAAAGGCCAAUGCGGAUCCACAUUCUGGACUUGUUGCUGCAUUUCUCCAGACUCUAUGUGUCAUGGUUACAUUCUCAUGCUGCCUUCACUGAAAACCCUGUAAAACAAAUGUCUUCUUUUUUGUUUUCUACAUUACUUUAAUUACCAUACAGGUGUUUGUUGUUUUCCAAUGCAGGCCCUUAACCUCUUCAUCACUACCGGGUGCUACUCUCCUGUUUUCUGCCAUGAUGAGCCAUGCUAUGCCUUGACACUGUGAUGUAGUUCACCCGACCCAAUCUACUGCACGGGCCUACAGUGAGGUCAUAGAUCACAGCCAGCAAGCCAGUUCAGACGGUAGGCAGUAGGCAGGGGCAUCCAUAGAGACUGAUACCACUUAUAAACACUACCUAUCCUUUCCGUACUUAUUGCAGUAGCCCAGUUAGUCUGAGUUGAUAUUUUUUGACCUCUUGACUUACAGUACAUACUCGUUUUUUGAGGACCUUCACACAAUCAUGUCCUGUGGUUUUAUUUAUGUUUAGUAGCUAAUGGGUGGAUGAAGAAAUGGCCUUGGAAUCAACCGUUAGAUAUACAGGCGCAACGGUGUUACAAGUACUGAAUGAAGUAUUUGAGUAUGUACUUUGACGGUUAUACGUUUGUAGUAUAUGGUUGUAAUUUGAUGCACUGUAUACAGACUACUCAGUACAGCUCAGGUCAUUCAAAAAGAGAUUCUCACGGACAAAUCAGUGUUUAGACAGUUUGAUUGAUCAUGUGGAAGAAUAGUCGAUGAGUGCAUCUGUUUUCGCAUUAUUGACUUUGUAUUGAACAACCAUCUCUGUUUCAUGCAGUAUUCAAGGUUUGCUUUGCCUUUUUGUUAGCACAGGAAGGAAAAAAAAAUGUACUGUACAUGUUUUCAUUUGUGAUUUACUUCAACCAGUCAUGCCUAUGUGCUUUUUUGUAAGUUCUUUGUUUUUACCUUGCCUCAUGUAAUUUGGCUCACCUUACAUGUCUCUUAGUCAUCGUACUGGUUGGAAAUUGUUCUAGGUUACCUUUUUCUUUUUUCUUUUUUUUUUUUACAUGACCCUUCCCCGACAUGUUUGUGACGUUUUGGGGCCUGAAGUGAUAUUAUAUUUAAAUGAAAUAAAAGAGAAAACUGUGGAUUUUGAAAGCAGGGCUUGAAACAUGUUUCAGAGUGAUUACCAGUGUUAUGUGGCAGAUUGUAAAUCUUCCCUACACCAGCACCAGCUGACUCAAUGAAUUCUGCAGAUGUUACCAGAGCAUACCUCCCAUCCUUAUUUGUUUGCGACGUGACGUGCCUUUUGGACUCACCUGAGCAGACUCUCUGUGCAAUCUGUUUUACUGUCAUUCAUCCUGUCAAGGUUGUGAUUACAGCAGUAUUUAGUACCAUAAAAAAUGUAAGAAUGACAUCAUGGCUGUUGAGGUGUUUCUGGUUUUCCAUUUCAACUCUCAUGUUCAUGUGCUGUGUCAUUGAUCUCACACUGUUUGCCUCCACCUGCUGGUUCUGUACUGUAACAACAGCCCCAUCCACUCUUGUUCAUCCUCAGUUCUUUUUUGUUACUAUGACAUUUUUUUGGGCGUUGUUGUUUUGCGCAUCUAUUUCCAUGUCUUGUACUUUGUGAAAAUCAUCUGUUGGCUGGCCCAACUUUAUGCUUGAUUGAUGUUGCAUGCUUAAUUAUUGUAUUUCUUUUGCUUGUUUUUUGCGCGUGCUGUUCCAAAAUCCUUGAAAUACAAAAAAGAAAUUGUC